AGUGUGUUCGAGGCUUGGCUGUGGAAGUGGUCGAAAUGUUCAACCUAUUCCGAUCCUUCCCCACGCAGAUGGACUACAAAGGCCAAAAAUUAGCAGAACAGAUUUUCCAGGGAAUCAUCCUUGUGUCUGCUGUAAUUGGUUUCAUUUAUGGAUACAUCACUGAACAGUUUGGCUGGACAGUUUACAUAGUAAUGGCUGGAUUUGCUUUGUCAUGCCUGCUAACACUCCCUCCAUGGCCCAUAUACCGUCGCAAUCCUCUGAAGUGGUUACCUGUCCAGGAACCUGCAACAGAUGAUAAGAAGCCGGCAGACAGAAAAGUAAAAAGGCACUCUAAAAACUGAAACUAUCCUGUAGUGUUUGGCCAUUAAAUUUGUUUUGAAGUUGA